UCUCGAAUCAGCCUCGUCAUUUAUUCUUCAACUGUCAAUAAAUACAACUGCCGUUCCAAACAGGAUCCUAUCUUUCUUCAUACAACAUUCCUUCCAUUUUCAUAAAAAUGCAGUUCUACUCUACUCUCGCCUCUGCCGCCGGUCUCUUCGCCAUCGCUGCUAACGCCCAGUCGUCUGCCGAUACCACAAGUACCGCGGCUACCACCAGUACCUCUCUUACGAGCUCAAGGGAAUCUUCAACCUCUCAUACCACUAGCACUAGCACCAAGACCUCGACUACGAGCGGUGCCGCUGGAUCGUUGUUCAAUGGCGCUUCGAGCAUGGGAUUCGCGGCUGUUGCCUUUGUUGCCGCUGUUUCGUACUUUUAAGUAAAAAACAAUUUAUUGAAUAAAUUUAUUUAUCUAUAGACAAAAAAAUAAA